UUUGCCCUAAAAACUGAAACUUUAUUUUUUUUCUCUCUCCCCACUCUCUCCUGAGCUUCUUUUUCUUCUUCACUCUGUGAUCAUCAAAUCAAUCAAUGGCGGAAGGUUACUGGAGAUACAAUGAUGGUAGACAACCUGCACCAUUACCACCUUCUCUUUCUGGAAAACGCCCUCGUCCUGAUUAUGAUAUUCCACCUGGUCAUGAAUUGCCUGGUUACUAUCCCCGUGAGGAUGAAAGAGGUGGUCGAGUCGCUAGAGAUACUGAAUCCAUUGGCUCAGCUUAUGAUCGUUACCUGCGCAGUGGAGGACAAGCUCCGCCCUUUAGUGGUGGAGAAUCUGGUAGAUCUUUAGGUGGUGGAGGAAUGCUCGGUCAUCAGGUAGAUGAUCCACGUAUGCUUGGUCUUCGUAGCUUUGAUCCAGGCAUGGUUCCUCCUAAGAGCAGGGAUAUGGGACUUCCAAGCAUCAAACAAGAGAUUCCCCUUCCUCCAGAUGCAUCCAACACUUUAUUUGUGGAAGGGUUGCCUGCAAAUUGUACACGACGCGAAGUGUCUCAUAUCUUCCGUCCUUUUGUAGGUUUUAAAGAAGUGAGACUUGUGAGCAAGGAAUCUCGUCAUUCUGGAGGAGAUCCACUUGUCCUGUGUUUUGUUGAUUUUAUCAAUCCUGCGCAGGCAGCAACGGCGUUGGACGCCUUACAAGGUUAUAAAUUCGACGAGCACGACCGUGAAUCAGCCAUUUUAAGGUUACAAUUUGCUCGCUAUCCUGGUCCCAGAUCAGGUGGUGGGUCUCGUGGUGGCAGGCGUUGAUUAGAGUGAGUUUGCGGCCGAGUCUCAGGGUGAGGAGCGAAUGGUAGAUUUUUUGCGCUGCCUGUCCUUCUCGCUAGAAUGCUGCAUAUAUAGGAACUAGAGACGCUAGUUCAGGCCUUAUCUGUUUAUGGAGUUUGUUAGAAUUUGUUAUGUGCUAAUGUUGUCUCUAGAUGGACCUAUAUAAGUAUGUGAAGGUUGUUGUUAUCUGCAUAUCGUUUACAAUCUGUAUCAUCAAAUUCUGUUUCAUGUCGUUCAGUAGAACGCAAUAGCUUUAUUUAGUGCCGCUUAAUCCUUCUGGCCUUUCUUGACUUC